ACCUGAUACGACACCACAAAGCCUUGACUUCUCCACGACGGACACUUAAGCUCACUAAUCAAUUUGCUUGCAGCAGCAAUGGCAGACCCUUCAAAGGCGGAAUCAGAGCAGAUUUUUCAAGUGCUGAGAUUGCAAAAAGGCAACAAGACAUGCUUUGAUUGUCAGGCUCGAAAUCCGACCUGGUCCAGUGUGACUUUUGGAGUUUAUAUAUGCCUAGACUGCUCUAGCAUUCAUCGGAAUAUGGGCGUACACAUAAGUUUUGUACGAUCGACGAAUCUCGACAGUUGGCAACUAAACCAGCUUCGUACCAUGAAAGUGGGUGGAAACACAUCGGCGACUGAAUUUUUCACGCGACAUGGCGCCACGAUGCUUCUCAGCGAUUCCGACACUAAGAAGAAGUACUCAAGUCGUGCUGCUGAGCUAUAUAAGGAAGAGCUUGCGAGACGAGUGAAGGAAGAUAUUGCAAAGUUCCCUACGCAUAUCGCGGUCGAUGGCGUUGACACACCUCUUGUGAGCGCUGAAACUACGCAAGGAGAGGAUGAUUUCUUCUCUUCAUGGGAAAAGCCCGCUGCUUCAAAACCAGUUUCUUCCUCAGCUAUCACAUCUCCUCCUAUCAUUGGGCGACCAGCAUCAACGGGCUCAGCUACUUCUCGACCAACCACAUCUAGUUCCAUGCGAUCAAACUCUAGUCCCUCUACGAACGGCAUCACUAAGCUCGGUGCAACACGUUUAACAUCAUCUACUUCUGCGAUCGGUUCAUCAGCCACCUCUACCUCUCAGAAGAAAUCCAAACUUGGUGGCCUUGGGGCGAGGAAAGCAGCCACCCCGAUAGAUUUUGCGGAAGCGGAACGUAAAGCUGUAGAGGAAGCUGAGCGUAUCAAGCAGCUUGGCUACGACAGACAACGUGAGGAGGAGGAAGAGCGCGCACAGAAAGAAGCAGAAAAGAUCACUUCAUCACAAGUGAGGGUGAAGCCUGCUGAUGCUGUGCAGACGGGCACUGUGCAGGGAAAAGUUGACUUGCAAAAGGGCAAUAGCCAAGACCUCGAGAGGCUAGGUAUGGGCUUCCGUAAGCUUGGCUUUGGGGCAGUCCCUACCGCUUCACCUUCAUCGACUGCGAGAUCAAGUCCUGCCAUUGAUGACGCACCAACCACCGCACGAGACAAGUUUGGCAAUCAAAAAGCUAUCUCGUCGGACAUGUACUUUGGCCGAAAGGAUUACGACCCUAAUUUCGUCUCCGAGUCUCAAUCUCGUUUACAGAACUUCCAAGGUGCUACAUCUAUUUCCUCUAACCAAUACUUUGGUCGGGAAGAAGAAGAAGAGUUCGAGCGUACUAGUUCAGAUGGUGGGAUGUUGGGCGAUGGCAGUCUUUCGAAUCUCGAAGUCGCAGCGAGAGACAUCGUGGCAAGGGUCAUGGCGAAUCCUGACGUCCAGAACGUCGGGGAGAACAUUAGAACCAGUGCACUGAAGCUUUCGGAUUAUUUGGCGCAGAUGUCUCAGCAUUAAGUUAAACGAUUUCAAACACUUUAAUAUCCUCGCCGACAUACAUCUCGAGUUCUUUUUGUUAUAUUUCUACACAUGUGUUUCUAGUUACCUGCAAAGAUCGUGGUCAAGUUGAAAGCACGUGACUUACUGCGGCGUUGUUUGGCAAAA